UUCAUACAUGGUUUGCAUGAAAUUCUUCACUUGAAGGAUACUCUUUAGAGUCUUACCGAAAACUACAUCCUAGCAUGUAGGUUAUAACACCAUCAUCAUGGACUCUUCAACUGUUGCAACAUUUUCUUACAAGUAACAGAGAAACAAUCAAAAUUUAAAAUUAAUUUUUGAAUUGAGAAAUUUUCUGAUGUUAUAGAAUGUUGGAAGUUUUAUGCAUGUGAAUAUUGAUUGCCUUAUGCUUUUUGUCACUCUUUGGAAAACAGCCAUGGACAGUGGUUUUCUCAGAAUCUCCUGUGACAAGAAGAGAAGAGCAGUUGCAGUUGUAGAAGUUGUAGUUCUGCCAGAGAUGGACCUGUCACUUGUGGUCAGGUGGCAUCAGUUCAGGGGCUUUCAGUGGUUGUUCCCAGUGCAAACAAAGUACUGUGGCGUGGUGCUUUAAAUGGUAGAUUUAGUAUAGCUGCAUCUGAUUAUUUCCAGAGCAGUAAUCUGAGUCUUUCCUGGAACGAGACCUUAAAUUUCUGGUAAUUGUGUGCUUAUAUAUGCUUACUUCAACAUAAACUCAGCAGUUCAGCCAAACAGUCCUCUAACAUGGCAGAGAAGUCGCUAGAAAUCUUGUUUGCUGAUGCUUUGCCUUCGUAUUUUUGCCUUUAAUAGGCAUAUGACACCUGAGGAUCUUGUUGACCUGAAAGUGUCCAAGUUAUUGUUCCUCUGAGCCUGGCAGUUAUGUUUUGUGAGGGAAUAUGUUGUUACAUAUCCUCAUUGCACUCCAUUAUGCCAAUAAAGCUGACUUACAUGAUCAGACAUCUGGUUUUGGCACACAGCAAAUCUUCACGCAGGCAUGAGGAGUCUGUGUGUGCACUGUUGUGUAGCUACAUGUGUACAUGCAAGAUGUGUCAGCUGAGCAGGGAUUAGAUAUAGAAUGCCUGUGCAAGUUCAGAGUCCUGUGGCUAGAUGAUAAUUUCUCAGCUACAAUGCAUUGAUCAUCAGACGGAAGAACUGCUCUCAGUCUCCUCAUCCCUUCUGUAGAGAGGUGGUAUUGUGCCAUUUUCCCCUCUCUUCAAAGAAUUAGAUGGAGAUACUGUGCAAGGCUUGAGUUGUGAUGAAGUGGCUGGAGGAGGGUUGAAACGGUAUGGACGUGAAAAAUGUAUUAUGAGCUAGGUCUGCCUGAAGAUAUAAUCCUACUUAGAAUACAAAAGUACUUCAUGUGUGGGCUAGCUUAGUGUUGAAGUGGUUUUUCUUGAAUUAUUUUCUUUUCCCAUUUCUGAUUCAUGGGAACACAAGAAAGCUUGCUCUUCCCAAACUCUGAGGUAAGAGCAUUGGUUGGAAAGUGGGGAUUUUUAACGAGCAUGUUCUUUCCCCAUGUGACAUCACUUGUGGACGCUACAAGCUCCAUUUCCCUGGAAACAGAUUUAAUUUUAGGUAUUUUUAAAGGUUGCUGCUUGAUGAUGAACCAUAUGGACAUAUGAAGGAAAAUGCCAGUGUUAAAGGCAACAGUUGUUACAAAGCUAAUGAUUUAAGGAAAUCCAAUUAUGCAAGGUUGUUUUGAGAUGAGAAACAUCCAUUUUCUUCCUUAUUGCUCUUGCCCGUGGAAUGAAAAAUAAAAAUAUUAUAGGAAAUUUAAAAAGAAAUUUGUUCUGUAACCUCAGUACAAAGAUUAAGGGCUGUCUUACAAUGCAUUUCAGUAUAGCUAUUAUGUAACUGAAUGUGUAUUUAUUCUCUCCCUAGACUGUACAUGCCUUUUGGCUUUGGGGAACAGAACUCGCCAUGGGACAACCUCAAAGAUAUCUCUCCAGACGGGCUCUCUUGCUUGGCUGAUGUGUCUGCUCUCCUGACUGUCUUCAUACCCAAAGGAUUUAUUUUCCUUUUGGAAAUAUUUUAAGUUGAAAUUUUGUUCCUCACUGGAAACUGUCUACGCUAAAGACUGCAUGCAUCAUGGGUGACAUGGCAAACAACUCGGUUGCAUAUAGCAGCGUAAAAAAUGCUGUAAAAGAAGCUAAUCAUGGAGAUUUUGGAGUUACUCUUGCAGAGCUCCGUUCUCUUAUGGAACUUCGAGCUGCAGAUGCACUGCAUAAAAUACAGGAAUGCUAUGGUGAUGUACAUGGCAUCUGUACAAAGUUGAAAACUUCACCAAAUGAAGGUUUAAGUGGCAAUCCAGCAGAUAUAGAAAGGAGAGAAGCAGUUUUUGGAAAGAACUUUAUACCUCCUAAAAAGCCAAAAACAUUUCUUCAGUUAGUAUGGGAAGCACUACAGGACGUUACGCUAAUUAUAUUAGAAAUUGCAGCUGUAGUAUCCUUGGGCCUUUCUUUUUACCAGCCUCCAGGAGGAAACGAAUCAUUAUGUGGAUCAGUAAAUGUUGGUGAAGAAGAAGAGGAAUCUGAAGCAGGUUGGAUUGAAGGAGCAGCAAUCCUUCUAUCUGUAGUUUGUGUGGUAUUAGUAACAGCUUUCAAUGACUGGAGUAAAGAGAAACAAUUUCGGGGAUUGCAGAGCCGUAUUGAACAAGAACAGAAAUUCACAGUCAUCAGAGGUGGCCAAGUCAUCCAAAUACCAGUAGCUGACAUAAUUGUUGGAGAUAUUGCACAAGUGAAAUAUGGUGACCUUUUACCGGCUGAUGGUGUUCUCAUUCAAGGAAAUGACCUCAAAAUUGAUGAAAGCUCGCUGACUGGGGAAUCUGAUCAUGUUAAGAAAUCUCUGGACAGAGAUCCUAUGCUGCUGUCAGGUACACAUGUGAUGGAAGGCUCUGGAAGAAUGGUGGUUACUGCUGUAGGUGUGAACUCUCAGACUGGAAUCAUCUUUACCUUACUUGGGGCUGGAGGAGAUGAAGAGGAGAAGGAGAAGGAAAAAGAAAAGAAGGAAAAGAAAAGUAAAAAGCAAGAUGGAGCUGUUGAAAACCGUAACAAAGCUAAAGCUCAGGAUGGUGCAGCCAUGGAAAUGCAACCACUGAAGAGUGAGGAUGGUGGAGAUGGAGAUGAGAAAGACAAGAAGAAAGCAAACUUGCCAAAGAAGGAAAAGUCAGUUCUUCAAGGCAAACUCACAAAGCUCGCAGUUCAGAUUGGCAAAGCAGGUUUGUUGAUGUCUGCAAUCACAGUCAUUAUCCUUGUGUUAUAUUUUGUAAUUGAUACCUUCUGGGUUCAGAAGAGACCUUGGCUUGCUGAAUGUACCCCAAUUUAUAUUCAGUAUUUUGUGAAGUUCUUCAUUAUUGGAGUUACAGUCUUGGUGGUGGCAGUACCAGAAGGUCUUCCACUUGCAGUCACUAUAUCUCUGGCUUACUCUGUUAAGAAAAUGAUGAAAGAUAAUAACUUGGUGAGACAUCUGGAUGCAUGUGAAACUAUGGGCAAUGCAACAGCUAUUUGCUCAGAUAAAACGGGAACAUUGACCAUGAACAGAAUGACAGUGGUCCAAGCCUACAUCAAUGAAAAACAUUAUAAAAAAAUUCCAGAACCAGAAGCUAUUCCAGAGAAGACUAUGGCUUAUCUUGUGACAGGAAUUUCUGUUAAUUGUGCUUAUACUUCCAAAAUACUGCCUCCUGAAAAAGAAGGUGGCCUACCACGUCAUGUUGGAAAUAAAACUGAAUGUGCCUUGCUGGGAUUGCUCUUGGAUUUAAAACGUGAUUACCAGGAUGUAAGAAAUGAGAUACCUGAAGAGGACUUGUACAAAGUGUACACCUUCAACUCUGUUAGAAAAUCGAUGAGUACUGUGUUAAAAAACUCUGAUGGCAGUUUCCGGAUAUUCAGUAAAGGUGCCUCUGAGAUAGUUCUUAAAAAGUGCUUCAAAAUACUGAGUGCUAAUGGAGAACCAAAGGUAUUUAGACCUAGGGACCGCGACGAUAUUGUGAAAACUGUAAUUGAGCCAAUGGCUUCUGAAGGUCUCAGAACCAUCUGCUUGGCAUUCAGAGACUUCCCAGCAGGGGAGCCUGAGCCAGAGUGGGACAAUGAAAAUGAUAUUGUUACUGGUCUGACAUGCAUUGCUGUUGUUGGGAUUGAAGAUCCUGUGAGACCUGAGGUACCUGAUGCAAUAAAAAAGUGUCAACGUGCAGGCAUAACUGUACGUAUGGUCACUGGUGAUAACAUUAAUACUGCUCGUGCUAUUGCAUUGAAAUGUGGCAUUCUGAAUCCUGGCGAAGACUUCCUGUGUUUAGAGGGCAAAGACUUUAACAGGAGAAUACGCAAUGAAAAAGGAGAGAUAGAGCAAGAGCGAAUAGAUAAAAUCUGGCCAAAGCUUCGUGUUCUUGCAAGAUCUUCUCCCACUGACAAACACACUCUAGUAAAAGGUAUAAUUGACAGCACUGUCUUUGACCAGAGGCAAGUUGUAGCAGUAACUGGUGAUGGUACCAAUGAUGGUCCAGCUUUGAAGAAGGCAGAUGUUGGAUUUGCUAUGGGUAUUGCUGGAACAGACGUAGCUAAAGAAGCUUCUGAUAUUAUCCUUACAGACGACAACUUCACCAGUAUUGUUAAAGCAGUUAUGUGGGGACGAAAUGUCUAUGACAGCAUCUCCAAAUUUCUUCAGUUCCAACUUACUGUCAAUGUAGUAGCAGUAAUUGUUGCUUUUACAGGAGCAUGCAUAACACAAGAUUCUCCACUUAAAGCUGUGCAGAUGCUGUGGGUAAAUCUCAUAAUGGACACAUUAGCUUCUCUUGCCCUGGCAACAGAGCCACCCACUGAAGCUCUUCUGCUGCGGAAGCCUUAUGGUAGAAACAAACCUUUGAUUUCUCGUACAAUGAUGAAGAACAUAUUGGGUCAUGCAUUCUACCAGCUUGUAGUGGUCUUCACACUCCUGUUUGCUGGUGAGAAAAUUUUUGACAUCGAUAGUGGAAGAAACGCGCCUCUGCAUGCUCCUCCUUCAGAGCAUUAUACCAUAGUGUUUAAUACAUUUGUGAUGAUGCAGCUUUUCAAUGAAAUUAAUGCCCGAAAGAUUCAUGGUGAAAGAAAUGUUUUUGAAGGAAUCUUUAACAACGCUAUCUUCUGUUCUAUUGUGCUGGGGACAUUUGUUGUGCAGAUAAUUAUUGUGCAGUUUGGUGGAAAGCCUUUCAGUUGCUCAGAACUCACAAUUGAACAGUGGCUGUGGUCCAUUUUCCUGGGCAUGGGCACACUACUUUGGGGCCAGUUGAUUUCAACAAUUCCAACCAGCCGACUGAAAUUCCUUAAAGAAGCUGGUCAUGGAACACAAAAGGAAGAGAUUCCUGAAGAAGAACUAGCAGAAGAUGUAGAGGAGAUUGAUCAUGCUGAGAGAGAAUUGCGUCGUGGUCAGAUCUUGUGGUUUAGGGGCCUAAACAGGAUACAAACUCAGAUGGGAUGGUCCUUUCUCUUGUUCUCUCUCUCUCUUGCUGAGCAAGCUGUCACAAUCUCUGAUUCCUUGCAGAUGGAUGUAGUGAAUGCUUUCCAGAGUGGAAGUACCAUUCAGGGGGCUCUAAGGCGGCAACCCUCCAUCGCCAGCCAGCACCAUGAUAUCCGAGUGGUGAAUGCAUUUCGUAGCUCCUUGUACGAGGGGCUGGAGAAACCUGAGACACGAAGUUCAAUUCACAAUUUUAUGACGCAUCCUGAGUUUAGAAUAGAAGACUCCGAGCCUCAUAUUCCCCUUAUUGAUGAUACUGAUGCUGAAGAUGAUGCUCCAACAAAACGCAACUCUAGUCCCCCUCCCUCUCCCAAUAGAAAUAACAAUGCGGUUGACAGUGGAAUUCACCUUACAACAGACAAGAACAAGUCUGCUACCUCUUCAUCCCCAGGGAGCCCACUACAUAGUUUGGAAACAUCACUCUGAUUGUAAGCUGAAUGUUAACACACUAGCUGCAUUGUAAAGAAAUUGAAACUGGGUCUCUUCACACAUUAUGAUGGACAAGAUGCUAUUCUUGUCUUGGACUUCAACAGAAGAAACACUUGUACGAAUGUAGAUUUAUUUUUUUAAAAAAAGCUUUCUGCCAGACUGGAGGGUGCUUUUCUGGGGGUGGGAGUAAUAAUGAACUCUGACAGAUAAACAGUAACUCAGCAUAAGUGACCUGUGGAUCAUCUGUUGUACUAAGAAUGGUCCUGAAGAGUGUGUUAGCAGAGCUUUAGUUUAUCAUGAUCCUUUUCUGAGGGGAAAGCUGGGAAGGGCAAGGAGGCCCUGGAUCAUUGAAUUGAUACUUUAAUUUCUGCUGUUGGCUGUUAAUAAUUUGGAUUAUUUAUGUUUAUAAAUGAUACAGAUCUGUUUACAAGGUUUGUAGAUACUUUUUUGUUCCUGUUCAUAGAUGGGAAGCUUCCUUAUAAAUGAUGCAGAGAAGACAAAAAAAACAAAACAAAAAAACCAAAAAAACUAGUCCUUCAAAUACUGCUGUAUUUUCAGGAAAAGGGUGUUUCUAUUGAAACUGUACUAAAUUUUGCCUGCAAUUUACCUUGUUAAAUAUUGUAGAUAAAUUGCUACUACUAAUAGCCAAAUAGAUAACACUAAUGCUUUGUAAAAACAUGAGCAGUGGUGUUCUAAUGAAGUUAUGGCCUCUGUCCUAAUUAGUUUCUUAAAUACAUUUACUACUUAAUGGUUUUGAAACAACUGUUUAAUUUUUAAAAAUUUUGAGAAACUUAAUGAAUAACUUUUGUUCAGAACUUAGUAGGAUUGUUUAAUGCAGGACAUCAAUACGUGAUGGAACUUGCUUGAAAUAUUUCUGUUAUCUCGGGCAAAAUGGAUUAAAUCAAAAUACAUCAGAAUCUUAGUCCUUUGUUUUUGUCUAAUCAUGUUAGUUUAGUGCUGUCUUGGUGAACUGUGAGUGGAACUGUGAUUUUUUUCUAAUCUAUAGAAUCCUUCAUGCAGCAUGAGGGCUGUUGGCAUUUUGAAAGGUUGAUAGUGGGUAGCAUACAUGUUCUCCUUUUUGUUUUUGAAACUUGUUUGUAAACAUGAAUAAAUCUGCCCUUUUGUUAAAAUAAAAUUGCAGCAAUGGUUUCUUACAGAUUUUUUUUUCUCAGCUCCUUCACUGGAAAUACAGAGAGUACUCUUUUGUGUUACUGGUUACCUUUAAACUGCAAUUUCAAGAUGGUAACAGCCCCACUCCAAAUAGCUCUUUGGGUAAAUGGAAUCAUGGUGGCUGCCUCCAGAAUGAAUGUAAGUUAAGGUACUCAAAAGUCUUCACUGAGCCAAAAGGAUACUCCUGGGGAAUUAUCAGUCUGCCUGAAAUUCCGAGACUUACUGUGAGUACCAUGUAAUAAAUGUAUCUCUGACUGCUUAAGUGAGGGAGACUGAGAACUGAUGUAAAGCACAGGUGAAAUGCACCAGAACUGAUCGACUAGAGAUUGACUGAAGAAGUUAUGGUCUGCCUCUGCUGUAUUGUUCAGACAGCGAAGGAUGAUGAAACAGUACUUGGUCUGGCACUUACUCAUGUUUUCUAGGUUCAAUACUACUAAAAAGAACAACAGAAGGCAUGAGUUGUAAGAUUUUCUUUUUCCAGGUCUGUAUUCUUUAAGAAAGCAAGUGAAUUUUUUUGUCAAAUAAUCCAGAAUUAUGGACAUUUUUAAAGUGGUCCCUUCAAAGGACUGCAAUAAUUAAGUUGGUAAUGAGGAAGGAGAUGAUACUAGAGCUAACUGCAGAAAUGAACAGGUUGGGAAGCUCAAGCACAUCUUUCCCUUGUGGUGGGGUACAUGCAUGCUUGGGGUUGUCCUUUAGCAGAUAUUGUUCGACCUGUGGCACUGUAUCCCACUGUCAACCACUCCUGAAUUCCAUCUUUUCUAUUGUACUUCAGUAAAUACACUGAAUUCUAGGCAAGGGGGUCGAGGGUGGGGGGUUGCACUUGACACUUUGUAUAGUAAUUCCUCCCACAUGUUUCUAGCACUUUUCUUACAUCAUAGUUCUUAUCUAGAGCGCUUGGUAGGGGCGUCAGUUUUUAUGUAAGCUAUUUUCUCUUUACUACAACAAUCAGAUAAGCAUUGGCUUAAAAAAGGAGUUUUCUUUACCUGUGAAGUACACUGCCAUGUGGAAAAGUAUCUUCAUUUAACUUCAUUAAUGAGUAAUGAUUUGACUUCAUUUCAAAACAGACUUUAAUUUUCCCCUCUUCUCUAGGUGUGAUCAUGACUGCAUGUUAUCUUUUUUGGAAUAAAAUCUACACUUAAGCCUUUUGUGGGGGGUGGGAGGGUGAAUGUAGGGUUUGUACAUCAAUGGUCCCUCUUGAUUCUGUUAACAUCAGUGUGCUGUUCUUACAGGAAACUUCCUUACAGAAAUAAGGAAAAGUUGUUUAAGAGGGGGGUAUGCUUUCUUUGUGAUCUCAAGAAAUCAUAACAUUGCCUAGAUUAUGAAAUGGUUUUCACUAAGCUCAUGAGGCCUUCAUUGCCUUUCUGGUUGUAAGGUUUACUUGUCUUUCUUCUUGUAACUGAAAUAAAUAAAAGUGCUGUUCAUCUCA